AUGGACAAACAACUUCGGGACGAAGUUGCCGGAAGGCUCAAUGGGUACAUCGAAGCCAUCCCGGCCGACGUCUUUCAGUAUGUUUUCGCUGCAAUUGCCAUUGCCUUCAGUAUUUGGUUCUUCCGGUUAGCCUAUGCAUGGAAAGAGGAUAAGGCUAUUACCUACACCGUCCCCCCUCCCAAGACCCCAGUGGAGUUUUCGAUCGUAGAAAAGACCAAUGUCAAGAUCUCCGGUACUACCGCGAUCCAAUGCUAUGCCCCAGCGACGGGUCAAUUCCUCGGUUUCGUCAACCCCUCGACGCCCGCAUCGAUCGAUCGUGCUGUUGAUGCUGCCCAUGCUGCUCAGAUUAAAUGGAAAAACACUUCCUUCCGCGAGCGUCGGCGCGUCCUACGCUCUAUGCUUCGCCACGUAAUCGAUAAUCAGGAAGCCAUUUGCCGCGCUGCUUGUCUCGACUCUGGCAAGACUAUGGUCGACGCCCAGCUGGGCGAGAUCCUGGUUACCGUUGAGAAGCUUACUUGGACCCUAAACCAUGGCGAGAAGGCACUUACACCAGAGAAGAGGCCUACGAACCUCUUAAUGGUGUACAAGCGUAACGAGGUGCGGUACGAGCCGCUUGGUGUUGUUGGCGCGCUUGUCAGCUGGAACUACCCUUUUCAUAACCUUAUCGGGCCCAUCAUUUCGAGCAUUUUCGCUGGCAAUGGAGUUCUGGUUAAAGUCUCUGAGCAGACGGCUUGGAGUUCUCAGUAUUUUACCGACAUCGCAAGGGGUGCGCUUAUUGCUCACGGGCAUGAUCCUGCCUUGAUCCAGACGGUCGUGUGCUGGCCGCAAACUGCGAACCAUAUCACUGCCCAUCCCAAAAUCUCCCACUUAACCUUCAUCGGCUCCCGCCCUGUGUGUCUCAAGGUUGCCGAAUCAGCCGCCAAAACCCUAACUCCGUUGAUCGCUGAGCUGGGUGGUAAGGACCCUUCCAUUGUUCUCGACUCUGCUGCCAAGGAUUUGAAGCGUAUCGUUGAGAUUCUCAUGCGCGGAACCUUCCAAGCCUCCGGACAGAACUGCAUUGGCAUCGAACGUAUCAUCGUAACCCCAAAACUCUACGAGACCCUAGUUGCCACCCUUGCUCCUAAAGUUCAAGCUCUCCGCCUCGGCCCUAUGGCAGACGUUGGUGCUAUGAUUUCCGACGCCUCUUUUGACCGCCUCGAGUCUCUUGUCGAAAGGGCCGUGAAGCAAGGCGCCCGACUACUCGCAGGUGGCAAGCGAUAUACCCACCCCGACCACCCAAAAGGCCACUACUUUACCCCGACCCUCCUUGUGGACGUCACCCCCGAUAUGGAGAUCGCCAAGGAAGAAUGCUUCGGUCCCAUCAUGACUAUCAUGCGUACCCUCGGUCAUGAUGCGAACUCCGUUCUUUCCAUCGCUAAUGCUGCAGACUUCGGUCUCGGGGCCUCCAUCUUCGGCGGCGACAACGACCCCGUACUACGCGCCGUGGUCGAUGGGCUGAAGACGGGAAUGGUCGCAGUCAACGACUUUGGCACAACCUACGCCGUUCAGCUGCCCUUCGGCGGCGUUGGCGGCUCUGGAUAUGGCCGUUUCGCGGGCGAGGAGGGUCUUAGGGGUCUCUGCAAUGUCAAGAGUAUCUGCGCUGAUCGUUUCGGCUGGUUGGGCAUCCGCACCUCCAUCCCCCCGCCCGUCAAGUAUCCCGUUCCCGACCAGGAGCGAAGCUGGAGAUUCACAAGAGGCGUGGUUGGUGUUGGCUAUGCCCUGGGCCUGGGCGGUAAGCUCAAAGCCCUUCCUGAUAUUAUGAAGAAUGCUUGA